UCAGCACUUAGAGGAGCUGUCAGGGGGAUUCGAGCCCAAAGAGGGGCAAUCCAACCGAGAUAACAGAGCGACAGUCUGCAGAGCAACAACGCCAUCCUGAAGUUCUGGUUGCAGCAGAAAACACAGUGAGGCGAGAGUAAAAGACAAGAGCGUGUAAAAGAAAAACUUCAGGAGUAGUUCAGUUGCCGAGAACAACUUUGGAAUAUGGGAAACACCAAGAGUGGCGCCUUGUCUAAAGCAAUUCUGGAAGAUCUGAAGAUGAACACCAAAUACACAGAGGAGGAACUGUGCGCGUGGUACGCUAGCUUCCUUAAAGAGUGCCCUACAGGACGUAUCACCAAAGAACGGUUUGAAGGCAUCUACGCAGGCUUCUUUCCUGACGCUGACCCAACGGCCUACGCCCGACACGUGUUUCGCAGUUUUGACACCAACGCCGACGGCACGCUGGACUUUAAGGAGUACAUCAUCGCUCUGCACCUCACCUCUUCAGGCAAGACUAUGCGCAAACUCGAGUGGGCUUUCGCUCUGUACGACGUAGACGGCAAUGGGACCAUCAGUAAAAAUGAGGUGGAGGAGAUUGUACGGUCAAUAUUCAACAUGAUUCCUGCUGAAGACCAGAAAAAUCUUCCUGAAGAUGAGAACACACCAGAAAAGCGAGCGGACAAAAUCUGGACCUUUUUUGGAAAAAGAGAUGAUGAUAAGAUCGGAGAGGGAGAGUUCAUUCAAGGUGUCAUGGACAACAAAGAUAUCUUGAGGUUGAUACAGUUUGACGAGCCAAAGAAGAUUCAGGACAAACUCAAGGAGAAGAAGCACUGAAUGCCCCAUUCCUUUGAGACUGAUCAUGCAUUUGAAACCCACAUAAACCAGGCUGCUUUGUUUCUGGAUACAUCCAAAAACACAAUCCUUAACACAAACCAGAUCAACAUAGCUUUUUAUAUGAACUUCUAUCCUGGACCAUCACCAGAUGUUGAAGAAAAUUUGACUGAAGUAUUGGCGAUUGAUGUCACCAUUGCUGUUAGAGUCCAAUUUUAUUAAGAGCAAUUAGGCUCAUGUUAACAGUCCUACUGUAGAAAUCUCAAUCCUCUUAGGAUAUGAAGGUCGGGUAAGACAAAUCCUCAGGGUCCAGUGACUCUCCUCUUUUAGAUCCCUUCAGGGUAAAGGUGAUUUAAGCUUUCAACAUGUAUUCAUCAGACUGUUUAGCGGGUAUUUAAUAGGAUGAUUUUUUUAUGUGUAGAAAAGAUGGAAAAUAUCAUAGAGAAUUUUUAUGUGAAUUAAUGAAUGAAUGUGAUCACAAAGCAUAGGCAGGCAGCCAUGUAAAAAGUUUCUGCCAUUUUUAAUCAAAUGCAAUUUAAGAAUUGUAAUGUUUCUAAUAGUGUUUUAGCAAUGCUGCAUUCAUGAUAUGUUGUGGUUAUCGUAAUUACCAGAUGACAAAUCGUAAUAUUCUGACAACUUGUUCAUCUUCAAGAUUAUACAGAUCAACACACAAAUUCAAGUCAGAGCAAUCAAAAAUUUCUGAGUUUACAACUUGUAAUUAAUUAUGAGUGCGACAAGCAUGCAUUUACGUUACGGUACUUAUAAUUACGGUCAUGCCGACAUUGCACUACCACAUUAAUCAGUCACGUGUUGUUUCUAUUAAUGUACCUGUGUAUUAAUUUACCACCCUGAUGUGUUAAAUUAAGACAAGGGCAUGUUGUAUUUGUUUUACUGAUGAUAUAUUUGGAUGAUGAUGUUUUUUCAAGAACAUUACUUACCUACUUUUGUACACUAUUGUUACAAAACAAACCUGUUUAAAAAAUGGAUAUUCCGAUCAAGCUUUAAUUACUUGAUUGAGUUCAGAGUAAGAUUAAAGUCCUGAGACUCCAAACCAGUUUAGACUUACUAAACCUGAGUACAAAAAAUGGCUUCAUCCUCAAUUGUAUCUUUAUCAAGUUGACGCUGCUUACAGCCAAAGCCCUAAGGACAAGCCCCAAACACAGCAGCUUACCUCUCUCUAAAGCCGUCUUUGGCUCAAGCGUAUGUGUGGCCUGGUUUCAGCACUGAGAUACUGAGCUUCAAAACAAUGGCUGUAGAUCUGCUGCUGACCUAAAGAAAACCUGGGACUAAAAGGUUAAGUGUCACUCCAUAUAUGCAUCUUUCCCCUUUCGAAAGUGACCACAUAUUCUAAUGAAAUAAAACAUCAUUUUAUAAACAUUAUUAAAUUAUAGUACAUCAACAAUUUCAUCAUUGCAUUUUUCUCAAGUCUG